GAUGCCCUCAGCGACUGGGUGCGCUUCCUUCUCAAUACGAGGAGCGUACAUUAUUUUUUACCUCAAUAGCCGCAAAGGAAGAGAAAAGGGAAGAUAUUUUAAGGAGGACUGGGAGAAGAAGUUGGUUGCAGUUUCUUUUUCGCCCUAAUUGUAUUGCGUGUUCUGUAAUCGUCUGUCCAAAUUUGCAAAGCAUUUGCCGCUGGUGUGCUGGUGUCGGUGUCUAAUACAAUCAGACCUCCUGGAACAGAACUAUAUGACCUGGUUCGAUCCGUUAAUCCAGAGAUAGAAGCAGCUUCACAAUGAGACACCUCUGGAUAAUCAUGUUGGUGGUCAUUCUGUUCAUAUUCUGUCAAGCAGGUACUCUUCAUAACGGAAGACACCAGAAGAACAUGUCCAAGACUCAAGGUAUUCAGCCUGAAGAAGCUGUUCUCUCCUGGUUACUGCCAGCUGGAGUUGGAUGUGUAGUGGGCUUAAUUAUUGCAGUGUUUUUCCUUUUGGUUAUCCUGUGCUGCUUAAGGAGAAAACCAUCCUGUAUUAGGAGCCUGCGUGGUAGGGGGAAAACCAAGCAUGAUGUGGAGGCAUGUGAGGAUCCCAAGAAGCCUGAAGAAGAGAAUGAGAAGUUGUGGAAUGACAAAGAGAAGCUUGAAGAAGAGAAUGAGAAGCUGCAGAAUGACAAAGAGAAGCUUGAAGAACAGAAUAAGAAGCUGUGGAAUGACAAAGUGAAGCUUGAAGAAGAGAAUACGAAGCUGCAGAAUGACAGAGAUAUUUUAGUGAGACGGGCCAUGGAAGUCUUUGUGACCCUGGAUGAGGACACAUUGAACCCCUACCUGAGAGUGUCAGAAGACGGCAGAGAACUGAGCUGGACAGAACAUCGCCAGAAUCUCCCUGACAAUCCUGAGCGGUUUGAUGAAUACCCCUGUAUGCUGGGCAACAGGUUACCAGUAGAGAUGAGAUGGGGGUGUUACUGGGAGGUGGAGGUUGGAAACAAGAAGUCCUGGGAGCUGGGAGUGGCCCGAGACUCAGUGUGCAGGAAGGGGCAACUGAGUCUGAGCCCUGGAGCUGGGUUUUGGGUCCUGAGUCUUUGGGAUGGGAAGCUGACGGCCCUGACUGACCCUGAGACCCCACUGGACACAGACGUUCUCACAAGAGUGGGGAUCCAUGUGGAGUAUGAGAAGGAUAAGGUCUCUUUCUAUAAUGUUAAAGAAGAUGUAUACUCAGUCAUCUACACUUUCACAGACAAAAUAGACAGAAACAUUCGACCGUUCUUUUCCCCUGGCAACAAUGAUAACGAUCCCCUUAGGAUUGCAGAAUCUUAAGAAUCAUCAUCAUUACAGAUUAAUAAUGAAAUAACAAGGAAAAUAUACAAAUAAUACACACAUGUAAUGUAAUCAAUAUUGUUUAAAUAUUUCUAGAUUUGUUGCUAUAAUCACAAUAGCAUUGUGCAGAGAAACAUUACAUCUGUCAAAACUGAAUUCCAGUAAGGACAGGGCCCACACUUAUUCACACCUCCGAUUAUUCUUUUAAAAUUCAAAAGAAACAAACCUUGAAUAACAUUCUUCUCUAUGGAUGUGCAGUGGAAACCCUGAGAAAUAUACAGAGACUCUCAGUUUCCUCUGCUCCUGGGGUGUGAAAGGAAACAGCACUGAAGACAUUCAGUACUAGUGACUUCAUCAUGGUGGAGGUCAGGCAGCUCCCUGAAAACUCCAGCCAAACGAUCUAAUUACUAAAACUACACACACUCACACAUUGUACUGCGCAAUUACAACUGACACCCACUCACGGGGUGUACUGCACAGUAGCAACACUAACACACUCUCUCAGACUGUACUAUGCAAUAAGAACACUGGAACACUCACAACCUGUGCAGUACAUUAAACAACACUGACACACUCACAGAGACUGUACUGUGUAUUAGCAAUACUGAAACCCUCUCACAGACUGUAUGCACAAUAACAACACCGAUACACUCUCACAUACUGUAUGACAUUAGUGCAUAUUAACAAUACUGGUGCUCCCUCAUAGACUGUACUGCACAAUAACAGCACUGGAGUUACUGGCUGGCUGCUACACAUUAACAAUACAGACACACUCUCACAACCUGUACUGAGCUUCUAAAUGCUCUGUCCAUUGGAGUAAAGUGUCUUCUCAGUGAGACAAAAGAAUGCAGAAGAUUUGAUUACAGCCUGAAUGGAGGAGUGCUUCCACACACCUUCCUAAUAAGAAGAUGGCUUAGCACCUUGUAUCUGAUCCAUUAUGCAGGAUGGCAGGGAUUCUAGAAGUGACCCUCAUGUGUUUUACCUUUAGCAUAUUUAGGAGUCUCCAAAAGGAAUUAUAUAUUAUAGAAUUAUAAAUUAUAUAAGCUCAAUGAUAUGCUAAAGUGUGAAUUUGAUCUGGAAUACUGUAAAGUCUAAAUUGAUUGUGCAGCUUGCUAACUUUUGUUUUAAUAAAAAAUGUUUUAUGCUAGUCAAA